UCGCCUGUUGCAGCUUAGCACGCGAAAAAAAUAGUUCAAACUUCAAGCCCUCUGAAAAUGGCAGAAAACCAGAGUCGAACACAGACGAAGGCCAACAUUACGUCCAUGGCGGAGCAGAGAAGAAGACGCAGAAAGAAGGAUCCAAUGACAUUGCAUACUGUAGAAAUCCCUCUCAAUUCACAUCCCGUGAGCAAAAUUAAUCGAAUUCAAACAACUGUCCAAGCCGACAUUUCAACCAGCAUAAAUCCACGCAACCCAUGGUCUUCUCCCUUUCAAUCAUGUGGGAAUCUGAGUCUGAAUUUGUCAGGGGACGUGAAUAUGGCAGUGAACUCCUCAGUCCAACUAAACAUGGCCUCAAGGCUGAUGGGUUUGAGCAACGAGGCCGUUCAUGGCAUGUUGGAACUGAUAUUCCUAGUGAUAUUCUUGUUCAAGUUGAAGAUGUGGAUUUCCAUUUACAUAAGUAUCUUCUCUUUUCUCGGAGUGGGAAGAUGACAAGAAUUCUGUAUGAAUCAAGGGAUCCAGACUUGAGCAAGAUUGUUAUGAAUGAUGUUCCGGGAGGGGCCCAGGCGUUUCUAUUGGCAGCAAAGUUCUGCUAUGGUGUCCCUGUUGAUCUAAUAGCGGCUAAUAUCGCUGGCCUGAGAUGUGCUGCUGAGUAUCUUGAAAUGACAGAAGAUUAUGAAGAAGGGAACCUCAUAUUCAAAACCGAAGCGUUUUUAAGCUAUGUUGUUCUGUCGUCUUGGAGCGACUCGAUUAUCGUUUUGAAAAGCUGUGAGAAUCUUUCACCAUGGGCGGAGAAUCUUCAAAUUGUUAGAAGAUGUAGUGACUCCAUAGCUUGGAAGGCCUGUGCCAAUCCAAAAGGAGUGAGAUGGUCUUACACUGGAAUGCCUCAGGACAUUCAGAAUCCAAAAUGGAACGAGAUGAAGGAGCCGAUCCCAAGUGGAAGCCAUACCGCUCCUGUCGAUUGGUGGUUCCAAGAUGCAUCAAUCCUGAGGAUUGAUCACUUUGUGAGAGUCAUCACUGCUAUAAAGGUGAAAGGGAUGAGAUAUGAACAGAUUGGAGCUGCAAUAAUGUACUAUGCAUGUAAAUGGCUUCCUGGUUUAGUUAAUGAUGGGAAUGGAGAAGGCACUGAGGCCAUGAACUGUAUUAAUGGCAAUGGCAGUGGCAGUAACAGCAAGUACAAUUGGAAUGGUGGGCUUCAUAUGGUUGUGGUAAACCCGAAAGACGAAAUCUCGGCGCUUCAGGAGAAAGAACGGAGAAUGAUUAUCGAGAGUCUGAUCAGCAUACUUCCACCACAGAAGGACAGUGUUUCUUGUAGCUUUCUUCUGCAACUUCUGAGAAUGGCAAAUGAGCUGAAGGUUGCUCCUGCUUUAGCCACUGAACUCGAAAAACGAGUCGGGAUGCAGUUUGAACAGGCCACGCUUACUGAUCUUCUCAUUCCUUCUUAUAACACAUCUGAGACCAUUUAUGAUGUUGAUCUUGUUCAGAGGCUUUUGGAACAUUUCCUCAUUCAAGAACUAUCAGAAGCUUCAAAUGCUAGCAGUCAAUCCUUUUUGGGAAAAGAUAUCUUAGGAGAAUCUCAAACCACUGCUAGUUCAGGCCAAAAUGCAAAGAUGCGUGUAGCAAGGCUUGUGGAUAGCUAUCUCACAGAGGUGGCUAGAGAUAGAAAUCUCUCCUUGACAAACUUUCAAGUCUUGGCUGAGGCUCUGCCUGAAUCGGCAAGAUCGUGUGAUGACGGGCUUUAUCGUGCAAUCGAUUCGUAUCUGAAGGCACAUCCCACGCUAUCCGAGCAUGAAAGAAAGCGGCUAUGCCGAGUGAUGGACUGCCAAAAGUUGUCCGUUGAUGCCUGCAUGCACGCUGCACAAAACGAAAGACUCCCAUUACGAGUCGUCGUUCAAGUCCUCUACUCCGAGCAAAUGAAGAUAAGCAAUGCCAUUGCCAACAACACGAUCAAACAAGCUGGCGAGUCUCGAUAUCAACCUAUUGCGUCAAGCAGAAAAACACUACUUGAAGGGACACCACAGUCAUUCCAAGAAGGAUGGACAACCGCUAAGAAAGAUAUAAACACAUUGAAAUUCGAACUCGAAACGCUCAAGACGAAAUACUUGGAACUCCAGAACAAUUUGGAGAAUGUGCAGAGGCAAUUUGAGAAGAGCCUAAAGCAAAAACAGACAUCAUCAUGGAGCAGUGGAUGGAAGAAACUAAGUAAACUGACGAAGAUGAAUGCAUUGGAAAACCAAGAAUUGGUUGAUCAAGUUACAAUAGCAGGAGAGAAGCCCAGAAAGACACAUAGAAGGUGGAGAAACUCAAUAUCAUGAAAAGGAUCUUAUCUUUUCUGCUUGGCAUUUCCAGUCUGUUGCUUCACAAAAAUGAGGUCAGUUCAUUUGAAGCAUGAAUUUUUAUCUUUUCAUUUCGCUAUGUUUGGGUCCUUC